AUGGGGAGGUCUCCGUGUUGUGAUGAGACUGGCCUCAAGAAAGGUCCUUGGACUCCCGAAGAAGACCAAAAACUCAUCGAUUAUAUCCAAAAACAUGGCCAUGGAAGCUGGAGAGCCCUUCCCAAACUUGCAGGUCUCAACAGAUGUGGAAAGAGUUGCAGACUAAGAUGGACCAACUAUUUGAGGCCUGAUAUCAAGAGAGGGAAGUUCUCUCAAGAAGAAGAACAAACAAUUCUGAAUCUUCAUUCCAUCCUUGGAAACAAGUGGUCUGCAAUUGCAACUCAUCUACCCGGACGAACGGACAAUGAAAUUAAGAAUUUCUGGAACACCCAUCUGAGGAAGAAGCUAAUUCAGAUGGGUUUUGAUCCGAUGACUCACCGGCCUCGAACCGAUAUCUUCGCAAGCCUGCCUCAUCUGAUAGCUCUGGCUAAUCUGAAAGAGUUCAUGGAACACCAUUCAUGGGAAGAACAAGCUGUGAGAUUACAAUCAGAAACUGUUCAAAUGGCAAGGCUUCAAUACCUUCAGUAUCUCCUUCAAUCUCCAGCUUCCAUGGCAGGUUUCUCAGACAACAUCAACACUGCGUCAGAGAUGGAGACUUAUAAUCUUUUGAACUCUCUCUCUUCAAUGAAAGAUGGCCCAGUUCUAAACGCAAUCCAGUUGGAAACUCCUACCUCCUCUUUCCUUGGAACUAGCACAACUCUUCAAGGAAUCCAUGACUCAAUCCCAUUCUCUCACCUCCCUGAUUUACAACCACCUUGCAGUUUUCAAACCUCUCUGAAUAAUGACAUGGUUCAAAGUCAAAACCCUAACUUUAAAGUCCUUAGUCCAGGAAAGAAUUCUCUUGAUUCUCCGUGGCCAUCUUCAACUCCAGCUCCUACGGAGGCGCCGCCUGUCACUGAAACUUCCAUCACCAAUACAGGGGAUGCUUGUAGUACUUCAAGCUAUGGAGGAGCACCGCCUUCAUUUUGGCCUGACCUGCUUCUUGAAGAUCCUUUAUUUCAUGAGAUUGCUUAG